AUCCCAUUGUCACUGUCAUAGAAGGUCAUCGUAGCCACUCAGCAACAAUGACCCUUUACUUCGACUCGCACUCCACCCGCAAGGCUCAAUACCUUGAGUCCUCUACAGAGGACUCAUGGUCAGCGCCUCUUGUCCCCGGUGUCUUCGAUCUUGACCCCUGUGCCGACUCGCCCAUCAAGAUGAACUUCGAUUUCGAGCCUCUCCAGUACGAGGUCAAGCUCAGCCACAAGUCCGGCAUGCCGGCGCCAGGAGCCCGCCUCAUCUCCUCCAAGUGGGCCGCCUCCAAGGGUGACAUUGGCUUGGGCCUCUUCCAGCCUGAGACCCAGCACAUCGAGGAUAUUCACCAGCCGUCAUCAUCAUCACCUAUUUCGGCACCUACCCCGACAAGGCUACAGCGCCUAGCCCCCGCCCCGCUGGCCACAGUCCCCUCGCCAUCACUGCUCCGCGCACCUCGUCUUCCCACCCGCCCUCUCCUUAUGUCUUCGCCCAACUCGCCUCUCAUCCCCGCCGACUCGGGCACCUGUUCAGUCAUCCCCCCAGUAGAGGGCACACGCCCGCCCGCUCCCCCGCGCUUCUCCGCCUUAGGCCUUGACCUCACCGCUUUCGCUCCCGAGCUGUCAUAUCCCUCGCCUCCUGCCUCGCCAUCCGCUGGCCGUGAAUGUCGUGCCUCCACUCUCGAGGGGCCACUCAAUGAAGAGCGGGGCCGUACUCGCGAACGCGUCCGCCGAGCCGAAGUGGAAGAGGAUGUUCCAGGUCUCACUUUUUCAGUGGAUGAUGGCACUCUUCACAGCCGUGUCGCCAACUGGUCCUGCGCCGUGUAUGUCGCGACCAACUCAGGUCCUUCCACGCCGCCCGAGUCCACCCCCAUCUCUCUGCCCCUCUACGAUGAGGUCGAGCUCGCGACAGCUCUGGGGCGCCUCAACGCAGACUCGGUGGGCCCGGUUCGCAUUCCAUCCGCGUCCAUCGAUGCUGUUCAAUCUCCGCCGGUUCAGCGCGCAGCAUCUCUGCAGCACGAGGGGUACUGCGACACCCUUCAGCAAGAUGCUGCUGCAAAGCUUGGACCUUGGGCUGCACGCGUGGGACAGUCACGCGGUCGCCUCGUCAACAUGCCGCGCCUUCAGCGCGCUGCAACUUCAUCGAGCGCUCAGCGCGCCGGCCGUUCCCCGCGGCAAUUCGCCCUGUAA